ACAGUACCUCGGGGUCGGGAUAUCAAUAACCCGACCGACAAACAGCCGCUUAGCUCCAGCCGCCAAAAGCAUCGCAGCAUCCCCAAUGCUCAACUCCGCCGAUUCAAACCUCCAAUUCCUCCCCGCACUCCCGCAUCCAUUCUCAAAAGCCCCAAUCGUGCACGGCACAUAGUCUGCCACCAUGUCUGGGAGCCGCGGAGCUCAGUUCAACCAACAUGUGCUCAUCGACACAACCCCCAUGCCCGAUGACAUCCCCAAGGUCAAAGAGAUCGGGGCCACGUCUGCCCCAUUGAUGAGCGCGGCGUACUUCAUCGGCGACCGCUGCAAGGCAUACAAUGACGAUUACAUGAAGUGCAAGACGGAGUCCAACGGGAAGGGCGAGCUGGACUGUCUGAGGGAAGGUCGGAAGGUUACCCGUUGCGCGGCUAGUGUCAUCAAGGAUAUCAACGAAAACUGCCUCGAGCAAUUCAAGACGCAUUUUGAAUGUCUAGAACAGAAUAACCAUCACCUAUGGCAAUGUCGGAGGGCUGAGAACGCACUAAAUACUUGCGUGUUUGAGAAGCUUGGUCUAAAGAAAGAAAUCCCCGAUACCCCCAAGGGCCAGACACCUGUCCAUCUGCGAAAGUCCCAAAUCUACGCCAAUUACUCUGGUCCGCAAUAUUAGAUUUUCUUUUUACUUUUUGUCUUAAGAAUAAUGAAAAAUUGAAACAAAAAAACAACAAAAGGGAUCUCGUCUGCUCUGUACAUAUAUACAUAUAUUAUUGGUUCGGAAUGAUCGCAUGGUUGCAUUCUUGUGAAAUACGAGUUCAUUCAUCACAUCAAUUCUCGUUUGCGAGCUCGUGGCUUGGUUUAGCCUUUUAGCAUGCAUACUCUGAUUUAUAUAGAGUGAAGAAACCAGAAAAUCGGGCCCUCUACUCGUCUACCUGCAAAGUUAUACCUGGAGCUCAAAAGAAAGAGCCAAGUGCAGAGAAAAAGAAAGGUUAAAUAUAUGAACACCCCUGUUACUGCAUAUCCAGAACCCUCCCCGUCCACUACCACUAUACCUCAAAACUUAGAUUUCUCCUUCCUCUGCAACCACUCCCUGAGCCUCUGCGAAUAUUCAGGUAGAGCCGGAGUAUGCACCUUAUGAUGCUCCGCCGUGGCAUAUAUUAUCUUCCCAUCCUUGGACUCCAUCGUGGCGCCUAUUAGGGCCAUUGUUCGUCCGUGCUGGAUGACGUUGGUGCGGAUGUAGACUAUCGAACCUAUAUUUGUAAAAAAACAAAAAGGCAGUUGUGUUAAAUAACUUGAUCAAAAAGAGGGGCUCUCUUUCCUUGCUUGGUGGUUUGCCUGUUUUAUGUGUUCACAUAGAUAGACUCUAGUACAUGAUACAUAAUACACGUACUGCAACGUUGACAUACCUAUAGGCACAGCUUUCAGAUAGGAGAUGUUGAGUGAGCGCGUGACACCAGCCAGGAACCUAAACGACGUGGGAAACAGGAGCGGUUAGAAUAAAAGGUAUCCUACGCCGGCCGAAUUAUUCUGUUUCAGAGAGGGAAUGGGACUUAUGUAGGUACUUACUCCCAAUAUCCCUCCUUCGAAAUCGGGCUCAUGGAGAUGGCAGUGCACAUGUCUAGAUGGGUUUUAUUCUUCCGUUAGGUGACUACUAACAAACCUUCGGCAGGAGAAUGCCUGAUAUACGAUACUACAUAUAGAUAUAUGUAUAGAGGAAAGGCAGAAUAACUUACCAAAUAUAACACCGUAAGCGCCGCCAUGCAUCACCCCUAUAAACUCCAGUUUGUUUUACUUUCCUUCAGCACAUCCCUUCUAUAUACUCGUAUCCUACAUGCGGUAGGUUGGGCAGAGGAAAGAGAAUAGGGAGAUGCAAAAUCAUUCAUGUUCUCCUAACCAUUUAUAUUGGCCCAGAAGUCCGUAAUGGGGAGUUCCCAGAGGGCUCUGCCGUCGGGAUACGCUUCGAUGACCCGCAGGGAAUCCAUCAGCUGUCUAUCGUAGCCCUAUAUACUCCGUGACAGGAAAGAAAAAGGGGAAAUGGUCAGUUAGUUGGUUUUGAUGAGGUAUAGCAUUUUGCUAGGGAGUAUUUUCGAUAGUGUAUGCAUCGCUGGGCUGUUUAGAGACAACGAACGGUAUCGUCACGGGAUAAUUAUUAAGGGGAAAUGGUAUGAGGAGAGUAUAUAA